CGUAAACGCACUCAAUUGGGGUCGGAGAGUCAAUCAGCAUUCUUCCAUUUUGGGUCAAACCGCCAGUUAAUAAUCUUCAAAUACAGCGGCUUUUUUUCUACAGCUUCUUCCGCCAUUUGCGUCUCCAUUUCCUUAUAUACCCACCCACUGUAAAAAGUCUUCUCCUCUAUAUAGAACUAAGUUGAGCGAAGAAAGAUCCAUUUCGAAGCUCUCACCACUGUGUAAUUAUUUGUUGAUUCCUUCAAAUUCUUCUCUCUUCUUCUUUUUUUGAAAGAAAAAUUGGAAAAUGUCAAGCUCCGACCACCAGCACCACCACUCUGACACGGAGGUGAUUGGAGUUGACAGGACGGCGGCGUACAGCGGACCUCUGAGCGUCAGCGGGCCUCUGAGCAAAAGGGGCGGGAAGAAGAGCGCCCGGUUCGGAGAAUCUAGCUCGGCGGAGUUGGGGAGCCCGUCGGCGGCGAAGCCCUCUAGCGACGACGCCUACGUCGAGAUCACACUCGACGUCCGGGAGGACUCCGUGGCGGUGCACAGCGUGAAGACGGCCGAUGGUGCUGACGUGGAGGACCCGGAGCUUGCCCUGCUGGCGAGAGGACUGGAGAAGAGGACCACCCUGGGAUCCACCGUGGUGAGAAAUGCUUCGUCGCGAAUCCGGCAGGUGUCUCAGGAGCUCAAGCGCCUGGCUUCCAUUACUAUGCGGACCCAUCCCGGCGCAGGUAAGAUCGACCGGAAUAAGUCCGCCGCAGCUCAGGCUCUGAAGGGGCUCAAGUUCAUCAGCAAGACCGAUGGCGGCUCCGGUUGGGCCGCCGUCGAAAAGAGGUUCGACCAGCUCACGGCCUCCACCACUGGAUUGCUCCCCCGGGCAAAGUUUGGUGAAUGCAUAGGUAUGAACAAGGACUCAAAGGAAUUCGCAGGCGAGCUGUUCGAUGCUUUAGCUAGGAGAAGGAACAUAACCUCUGACUCCAUCAACAAACAACAGCUUCAAGAAUUCUGGGACCAAAUCUCCGAUCAGAGUUUCGACACUCGCCUCCAAACCUUCUUUGAUAUGGUUGACAAAGAUGCAGAUGGGGCAAUCACAGAAGAAGAAGUCAGAGAGAUCAUAAGCUUAAGUGCUUCUGCAAACAAGCUGUCAACUAUCCAGAAACAAGCUGAUGAAUAUGCAGCCAUGAUUAUGGAGGAACUAGAUCCCAGCAACCAAGGAUACAUCAAGAUUGAGAACUUGGAGAUGCUGUUACUGCAAGCUCCAAACCAAUCGGUGAGGGGGUACGAGAGCAGGAACUUGAGCCAAAUGCUGAGCCAGAAGCUGAAGCCUACAGUGGAGCCGAACCCUCUGAUCAGAUGGUACAAACACUUCAAGUACUUCAUAUUAGACAAUUGGCAGAGAAUUUGGGUGCUCCUGUUGUGGAUGGGAGCCAUGGCUGGGCUGUUUGCUUGGAAAUACAUUCAGUAUAGAAACAAAGCAGCUUAUCAUGUUAUGGGUGCCUGUGUUUGUAUGGCUAAAGGUGCUGCCGAGACGCUGAAGCUCAACAUGGCUAUAAUUCUUUUACCCGUCUGCAGAAACACCAUAACAUGGCUCAGAAACAAGACCAAGUUAGGUUUUGCGGUACCUUUCGAUGACAACCUCAACUUUCACAAAGUGAUAGCGGUGGCUGUGGCAAUUGGGGUGGGAAUACACGCAAUAGCUCACUUGACGUGCGACUUCCCUAGGCUUCUGCAUGCGAGCGCUGAGAAGUACGCUCCAAUGGAGCCGUUCUUUGGGGAUCAGCCACAAAACUACUGGUUUUUCGUGAAAGGAGUGGAAGGCGUGACAGGGAUUAUAAUAGUGGUAUUAAUGGCCAUAGCUUUCACCUUGGCUACUCCAUGGUUUAGAAGGAAUAGGGUGACCUUGCCCAAACCUUUUAACAAGAUUACUGGUUUCAAUGCCUUCUGGUAUUCCCACCACCUCUUUGUUAUUGUCUAUGCUCUCCUCAUUGUCCAUGGCGUCAAGCUCUAUUUGACCCAUACGUGGUACAAGAAAACGACUUGGAUGUACUUGGCUAUCCCCGUGGUUAUUUAUGCUUGCGAAAGAUUGCUUAGGGUAUUCAGGUCUAGCAUUAAGCCUGUCCAGAUUCUUAAGGUGGCUGUCUAUCCUGGAAACGUUUUAGCGCUUCAUAUGUCAAAGCCUCAGGGCUUCAGAUACAAAAGCGGUCAAUACAUGUUUGUCAACUGCUCUGCAGUUUCUCCCUUUGAAUGGCACCCCUUUUCAAUUACAUCUGCCCCUGGAGAUGACUAUGUUAGUGUCCACAUUAGAACCCUUGGGGAUUGGACCAGACAGCUCAAAACUGUUUUCUCAGAGGUUUGCCAGCCACCUCCCAAUGGGAAAAGUGGACUCCUGCGAGCGGAUUGCCUACAAGGGGAAAACAAUCCAAACUUCCCAGAGGUGAAGAUUGAUGGGCCGUAUGGAGCACCAGCACAAGACUACAAGAAGUACGACGUGGUUCUGCUAGUAGGACUAGGGAUAGGAGCAACCCCAAUGAUCAGCAUUGUGAAGGACAUUGUGAACAACAUGAAGGUGGUGGAGGAUGAAGAGAGAGGGUUGGAGAGUGGGCAAGGAGCGGGCAGCGGAGGGGGCAGAAACUUCAAGACAAGAAAGGCCUACUUCUAUUGGGUGACCAGGGAGCAAGGGUCAUUUGACUGGUUCAAGGGGAUCAUGAAUGAAGUCGCGGAAAUGGACCAUAAGGGCGUCAUAGAGAUGCACAAUUACUGCACCAGCGUUUACGAGGAAGGGGAUGCCCGUUCUGCUCUCAUCACCAUGCUCCAAUCCCUCCACCACGCCAAGAACGGUGUCGACAUCGUCUCUGGAACCGCCGUCAAGUCUCACUUCGCCAAGCCUAACUGGCGCAACGUGUACAAACGCAUUGCUCUCAACCACACCAAUGGGAAAGUUGGGGUUUUCUAUUGUGGGGCACCAGCACUGACAAAAGAGCUAAGACAACUUGCCUUGGACUUUUCUCGGAAAACAAGCACCAAAUUCGAUUUCCACAAAGAAAAUUUUUGAUUGACGCCGCACCAACUUCUCCCAAGCAAUGUCUAGUGUACAGAGAGAAUCUUGAAAUGAUAAUAUUAGUUUUGUACCAAAGUGAUUUUUAUUUUUAUUUUUGGGGGUACUAGUGUAAGUAAUAAUAAGUUUGAUUCCACCCAAACAAUAUAUUCAAAAAUGGUGUGCCCAUGUUAGACUUUAAAAAAAAAGAGUUAGUGGAAUUUAUUUGCCAUGUGCCUAAUAAAUUGAGCACUAUCAAAUAGUAUACUCUGUAUGAAGCAAGUAUCAACCGGGGGAUAAAGCUACUUGUAUACC